CUUUUAUAUUCCCCCCCUUCCGCCACUUACUCUUCCUCGACCUUUUCAUUUUACUGCUACUUCUUUCAUUCUUUCCAAGAAAAUGAGAUGAUUUGAUCAUAAGCAACUCUGUUUUCUCAGGAUUUUUCUGUUUGCUACCUUAAACUUGGCUACAAAUACCUUAAGUUGCACAUUUUUUAUUUGGUUACAUAACCUUAGAAUUUGUGCAAAAGGGCAUCAUGGAUCCAAACAAAAAGGUAGAGGAAGAAAUCUUGCCUCCUCAAGAAAUGAUCACAAGAACUGCGGACGAGAAAUGCUGUGUUGAUUGCAAGACUACCAAGACACCGUUAUGGAGAAGUGGCCCUGCUGGACCUAAGUCACUAUGCAAUGCUUGUGGAAUCAGACAUAGAAAGAAAAGGUCAGCCACUGGCACAAGUCCGGCCACAUCCACAGCCACAGUGGGUUUGGACAAGGAGGAAGAGAAGAUCAAGAAAGAAAAACAUGAAGAAACUAUAGUGAAGAAGAAAAGAAGGGCUAAUAUUAGAGAUGGGAAAUGUGGUAAGCUAAGCGUGGGAUGGAGGCAGAGAUUUAGGGCUUUUGGUCAAGGGGUUGUGUUGUAUCAGAGGCAGAGAUCUCCAGUAUUGAGGAAGCGGCAAAGUAUCCAUCAUAGGAAGUUGGGAGAGGUUGAGCAGGCUGCUGUGCUUUUGAUGGCUUUAUCUUGUGGUUCUGUUUUUGCUUGAUGUGGAAAGGCAAAAUCUUGAGGAGUAAAAGGGGUUCAGAACAUAUUCUUACCCCAAUUAUACCUUUGUUCGUAUGUUUGUUUGUUUGCCC